AUGGCAGACAGCCUCUCCCUCACCAACAAAGUCGCCAUCAUCACCGGCUCCGGCCGCGAAAACGGCAUCGGCGCAGCCAUUGCCCUGACCCUCGCCAAAGCUGGUGCUCGCGUGGUGAUCAACUACGUUUCCGACGCCACCUCCCCUCGCGCAGAAACAGUUCGAUCUAGAAUCGAAGCCGCUGCGGGGAAGAAUAGUGUUAUCGUGGUUAAGGCUGAUGUCUCUACCACAGAGGGCUGCAAGAUGAUUGUGGGAGAGGCGUUGAAUAAGUUCAAGGUUGAUCACAUUGAUAUCAUUGUCAACAACGCAGCCGCCGCAAUCAUCGGCCCAGCCCUCCGCACCAGCGCAGAGGACAUGACCAGGGCAUUCCAAGUCUCCGUCAUAGGACCCGUCCUCCUCCUCCAGGAGGCCUGCCCUCACAUGCCGAAGUAUUCACGUAUCAUCAACAUCGGUACCGUAGCAUCCAGAUUGGGCCUCAGUGCUCUGCCGAUUUAUGCUGCUGCGAAGGCUGCCAUGGAUCAGUUGACGUGGUCUCUGGCCCGCGAGAUCGGUCGAGACGGCAAGCACAUCACCAUCAACACCAUCGCUCCCGGCCCCGUCAAAACGGACAACCUUCCGGAUACCCCCCAAGCCGCGGCCCUGGCUGACUGGCUCGUCUCGCUCACUCGAAACGAGGAGAGAAUCGGUACGGCGGAGGACAUAGCUGACGCAGUUCUGCUUCUGACUAGUGAGAAGAGUCGCUGGAUUACGGGACAGUUUAUCUCUGUUAGCGGAGAAAUCAAUGGAGGUUGA